AUGGUUGUUAAACACAAAGUGUGCUACGAUUGUCUAGGCUUCCACCCAUCCAAAGCCUGCAGCUCCCUGAAAUGCUCUAUGAAGUGCGGUACAAUUGCAGAUGUCUCAGACAUCAUGGGGUCCCCUCCAACUGCAGACAAGAACCAGGCCAUAAAAGCGGCCAUUUUGGCACGCAUGUUAGACUCACCGGACACGCAGCUCCACAAGCUCCUCAAGGGCGUUGAGCCUGGUGACAAAAGACCUUCCCAGCUGUUUCGACACAUGCGUACUCUGGCCGGCACCCGCAUUGGUGGCGACGUUUUACGAGUCAAAUGGCUUGACUUGCUACCACAGCCCACUAGCCGCCUGGUGCUCCUUAUCAAAAACCAGUCAUUCGAGGAACACGCUGAAGUUGCCGAUGAAGCUCCUGAAAUCGGUCCCUCUGUCAUGGCCAACUCCUAUCAGACAUCCCAAGCUUCCACUUCGACAUCCAAUCACCAGCGCUAUGGAAACUUCGCACACGGGCUUUCCGCUUUCCGCCUGGCUAACACUCAGUUAGUCACCAUAACCCGCAACGUUUUGCAGUCAUAG